ACCAGUUACAAGGGAGGGACGGGAGGAGGAUGGGAGGAGGAGUUGUUGGUGGCCUCCAGGGGGCUUCUUUGUGUUGGAUUCAGCAGCAGCCUCUAAGCUGCAAACCCAUGGGUCCAUGCAAAUCUAGCUAUCAGUAAGUGUCAAGCCCAGCAGCACCCAGCUCCAGCUCCCAUCUGCAGCCGUCCACACAUUGUCCCUCCAUUGGCAUAGAGCUACCUAGAGGAGCCCCCCUCCCCACUUCCCCAAGCUAGUGCCCACCCUACAGAAGAAGAAGGUGACCAGCAGGUAUCGCAUCAUCUCAUCCUCCUUUGGGGCGCCAAAUAGUUCAACAGAAUGGUGAAGCUGGGCAAUAAUUUUAGCGACAAGGGGUCAAAGCCUCCCAUCUGUGAAGAUGGAUUUGACACCAUCCCAUUGAUGACCCCUCUGGAUGUCAAUCAGCUGCAGUUCCCACCCCCAGACAAGGUUGUGGUGAAAACAAAGACCGAAUAUGAACGUGAUCACAAGAAAGGGAAAUUUCGUACCCCAAAAAUUGCUGAAUUCACAAUCAGUAUCAGUGAAGGAGUGUCGGAAAGAUUCAAGGUCACUGUCCUUGUCCUCUUUGCAUUGGCGUUUCUGGCGUGCGUUGUAUUCCUAGUUGUCUACAAGGUGUACAAGUAUGAUCAUGCUUGUCCUGAGGGAUUUGUGCUCAAGAACAAUAGAUGCAUCCCUGCGGCUCUUGACAACUACUACACUGAACAGGACACCAGCGCUCAAGGGAAGUUCUACACAGUCAUAAAUCACUACAACCUGGCCAAACAAACCAUCACACGCUCCGUAUCGCCAUGGAUGACUGUUCUGUCAGAAGAGAAGCUGUCCGAGCAAGAGACAGAAGCCUCCCAGAAGUCAGCUUAGCUGUGCCCAUAAAUUGUUUCUCAAUGUCGAGAGAACUCGAAAGAAACUUUAAAAGAAAAAUCCUAAUUAACUGCGCUGCCUCUACGGCAAAAAAGUGGUUAUGAUUCAUUUAGAAAUUACUUGUAUUUAUGUUUAAGCAAAGCACGCUUCUGUAUACUGGUAUUGCUGUGCAUACAUAACUGUACAGAUCAUAAAUGGAUACACAUCAACAGCAAAUCAGACAUAGUUAAAUGAGUAACUUUACAGCAGGGAAACUUGCAGAUUUUUUUUCUUUUUUUAUGGUUGUUUAAAUUCAUGUGAAUGAUUUGGUUGGGACCAAGGUGUCCUUCUCUAGGUUCAAAUUAGCGUUAAUAAAUUUGGCAGCCUGUUCCGGCAUAAACACCAGCUGUCAUAAAUGUCGGCCUCUGGCGAAGCAGCCUGCUGGAUUUGAGAAUGUUACUGUGAACGUAGCCUUAUAUAAAGUAUCAGUUGGUAGGAUAGAAUGUAAAGUAAAUUUUUUAUUUUUUUUUAUUUAACAGAUUUAGAUGAAGAAUGACUAUGUAUGGUUACUGAAAAGUCCAUCCCAAUUCUGUCUAGGUCAAGGUUGACUUUGUAAGACCAUCACAAUUGUGUUCAGGUUAUGGUUGACUUGAUAAAAACUCUGUAGAGUCUAGGUUACCUAAAUAAGACAAAACCAAUUAAGUCUAGGUUAAGGUUGACUAGAUAAGGCCAUCCCAAUUGUGUCUAGGUCAAAGUUGAUAAAGUUAGAAUAUACCAAUUGUGUUUAGGUUAAGGUUAACUAGGUAAGGUUAUAUGAAAUGAGUCUAAAGGGUGUAUUAGACAGGCAGAUUUUCUGCCCGAUGAUCGCUAACAAGCGUUCACAUGAACCCUCGUUAGCGA